AUGAGCAACGACGACUAUAAGUACUGGUGCACGGCGGACAACGCGUCGGCUAUCGUCCAAGCCGGCACGGCGUGCGUGUUGGAGAAGUGCGGGAGUGAUGUUGCCAUUAAUGAAGUCCUCCCUACUGUUGAGAAGUUCUAUGAGGAGGUUAACGCUUCCUAA